AUGCGUCAACGUACCAAGAGUGUUGUGAAUGUACGCGAGUACUUUCGUACGGAUGGUAGUGGUGCUCCCGAGCAAGAAGAUGAUGAUGAUGCAGAUGAUUGGAUGACGUUGGCAAUGCAAGGAAGUGCACUCUCUUGUAAACCCACUAGUGAGCUUUCCUUUGACGCGGUGAUUAAACCGAGAAAGAACACACGUGGUCGAACAUCGACGUGUGAUUCCUUGGCUGAUACAGAUGAAGACACGGAUGAUGAUGAAGAAGAUGAUGGCAUUCUACGGAUUCGAGCAUGCAGUCAUGAUCGUCGCAUUAGUUUCCAGGAAGACGUUAAUGUGGUGGAAAUUCCAGCACGUUCGAGCUUUGAUGCUGACUAUAAACGUCGUGUCUGGUACUCACGUGAUGAACUUCGUCGCAGUCAGGAAUGCUGCUAG